AUGUUACUUCUAUUUACUAUUACCAUUAUUUAGUUUGUGCCUACAGCGAGAAACCAGAUCAUCUCACAACAGAUAGAAAUGGGAUGCAAGACAGCUCAGAACGGGGCUUGUUAAGAAUUGUGCCCAUUAGGAUAAUUUGAUUGUUAGAACUAUAAGAUCAAAUGUGAGUAUGGAUACUUCCUAUUAUUUGGAUCUUCUUGUGUACCAUGCCCUUAUUAAAAGGUGAUUGAUAGCUUCACUUUAUAUUGCAUGGAUUGUGUAGAGCACCCUUAUACUUGGUGGAGUAAUAGAACUUGCUCGUAUGAGUAUUCGAUCGAAAGCGGAGAUUAUAUGAAGGGGACAUAUAUUCGAAAAACAAAGGAAUACACGGAAUUGUAUUUUAUUGGUCCUUCAACUUCUAGUGGAGUGAACUUGGACUCAAUUCCAAGAGACGUGUAAUUCUAAUACGAAACUUACAUCUGUUCAGGUUGUAAGUAAUUCUGCUAUCCAGGGAUGACAGAAAAUUGUAAUAGUAUUAGUUCUCCUUAUGCGGAGGACAGUGCAAUGGGAAUUGAGUGUUUAUUGACUUAUGAGUUCAAGAAUCAGUUGUGCAUUAGUUGUCCACCAGAUUGUUUAAAGUGUUCGAACGGAUAAUGCACAUAGUGUAAUGAUGGAUAUAUGAUAAAAAAUGGUUUAUGUUAAAAAUGUCAAGAUGGUUGUUUGAAUUGUUUUGUAGUGCAGUUGUCAACUGUAUGCACGAAAUGUAAAGAAGGAAUGGUGGCUUCAUUAGAUUAGAAACAAUGCGAAUAUUGUGGGAAUGAAUGCAAGAGAUGCGAGUAUGUAUCUUAUUCUUCAAAUGUUCAAUAUCAUUAUCCAACAAGGACAAUGAUUAAGAUAGAAGAGAUAAACAAAUAAAAAGAAUACAUUAAAAGGUGUAGACAGUGUUCCACUUAGAGUUUUGUAAGUCAUAAUGGAAUGGACUGUGUGACAUGUCAAAUACCAAGAUGUGAUUUGUGUUAUUACAACAUCAGAGCAGAUGUAACUACAAUGGAUUACGAUUUUGAACCAAGUAAGUCUAAUGAUCUUGUAUCAAAUUUAUUAUGUUUCAAAUGUGUCAGCGGUUAUACUGUCAGUGCUGAUAAAUAAAGUUGUACAUUGUCAGUUCCUGCUUUAGAUCAAUGUGAUAGGAAAUACACAGAUGUCACAUUAAAAUGCAGACAAUGCAACAGUAAUAUAAUACUCAACCAAUUCAGUAAUACUUGUGCUAGUGCUUGUACAUCCUACAUAAGUUAUUGUUCAAAUUGCUUUUCUUAUAAGAGUUUGGAUCAAACAUAAUACACUGAUGGGUCAGGUUAAAUAUUCACAAAGGCUGCUCAAACACUGUACUAAUGCAUUCAAUGUGGUGAUGGAUAUUAUCCAAACAUCUUUACUGGUUUUUGUGAUGCCUGUCCCAAUAAUUGUCAAAAAUGUUGGCAAUAUUCUCAAACCUAUAACUUUACAGAUUACCUAUUUAAAAUGCAACCAAUCAGCAAUUCACUAAAGGAGACUUUCUUAAAUGACAUCCCCAUUAAUAUAUAAUGUACAUCAUGUAAUUUUGGCUAUCAAUUGUAUGGAAACGAAUGUUUAGGUUGCAGUAGCAAUUGUUAAGUUGAGAAUCAAGUAGUUAGUGUUGACUAGAUUAAUAGUUGUGUCUUUAAAUCAACCUAUGCUUUCUGCGGAGAAUGUUAUGAUACAUUUAAUGAUAGAUCCUUGGUCUAAGAUAAAUCUGAAUGCAUCGAGUGUCCAUUAAAUUGUUUAGCCUGUAGAGAGAGAUUACAAUAUGAAAUCACUAACUAUUAUUUCAAUCCUGAUAAUCCCAACUUACUCCAAUACGGUAGAUUGUGUUACAAAGUACAGACUAUGACUAUGUCCAAUCUUCAAAGUGUUUCAUAUAAUUCUUAUUUGAAUCUACCUAUCUUGUGCAUCUAUUAGCAAGCAGCUACUUCUAAUACCAACAGAUGUCGUCAUACUUCCGAAAUCACUGUCCAUGUAUAUUGCAACGAUGAUGAGUAUUAUUCUGUCUAUCAAACCUUAACUGAUGAUGAAAAAUUAUAUCAUUACAGCUUAAACGAUUACUAUUAUAUAGACAUUGAGGAAGUUGCAUCAAUAGAAUUUACAGAUUUGGAGACUUUUCAAUUAUACUAAAUUAUGAAUUAGGCACCAUUAGAAGAAUUGACUCUCAACAUAUUAUUUACUAAUUCUAUUGAUUACUAAUGCACAUUUAAAAAGUCAACAAAGUUAGUAACAGAAUUCCAUAGAAAUGUAUAUGCUUUGACAAAAUUCUAAGUCAACAUUCUAAGUGCUCAUAAUGUGCCGAUCACAUUUUAAAUAACCAACAAUUUCUAUUUGUAGGAUCUCCCUUUUGUGAUGAUCAAAAAUAUCAACAUCUAUUCCUAUCUGAAUAAUGACUUUGGAUUAGUGAUAACUAAUAGCGUUUUAUCAACUUAUUUGUAAAUACAGUAUUGCAAAUUAGGAUAUCAAAAUUCCAAAUCUUAGGAGUCCCAAGUCUUUACUUUAAAAUUACAAAGCAUCAAUUACUUAGAAUUAUUGGAUGUUUACAUCUAAAACCUAUUGUAUGUGGAUUAAAUAGAUAUUAAUCAGGAAAAGCUUUAGAGCUACAACUUUUAGUUCACUAAUCUCUAUUUUUCUAUGAAUUAAUUUAUUAAUAAUACACUCUUUCCAUUGACACCUUUUAGUACAGUAAAUAUAUACAAUUUAGUAAUUUCAGAUUGCAUUUUCAACGGAACAUCAUUGUUUAUUAAUCAGCAAGAAUAUCAAAUAUUUGUUUCCAUGUUUACAAUUUCUUAAUUGACUAUAAAACAGACAUAGUUUUAUUAAUCAUCUAGUAUAAUUAAAUCUAGCUACAUCUCCUUCUUAUCCAUUAAUUAAUUAGACAUAGUAGGAAAUAGAUUUAACGAUAGUGAAUUAUUCAUAUGCAAUACUUACUCUAUAUAAAAUGUUUACAUUUAUAUGAAUGUCUUUACAAACGGUUCUCUCAUAUUUACAACUUCUGAUCAAGUUCCAGAUUAAUAAUAAUUUUAUGCAGUAAUCAAUAAUUAUGCAUUCGAAAUAUCAAACCUAAAAUUUGUGGAGAAUACUUGUUACAACAUCAAUUGUUUGAUGCUCAUAUAAACACCAUACAAUUAGUUAGAAUUAAAAUAAAAUUUGGUGAUGAAGAACUUCUACAUUUAUAAUAACUAUGUAGAAAUCUCCUUAAUUCAAAGAUUAUCAGUUUCAUCUGCAAUCAUCAGAGUGAGUCAAAUUAACAGAGCCAAAUUAACUAAUAUUGUCAUUGACACUUAAUUGGCUAUUACUGUAAUUUCCUUUUAAGACAUAGCAUCUUUGGAAGUGUCCAAAUUCUUAUGUGAUUAUUCCAAGAAUAUUAUUGGUGAGAAAGACACUAGUCCUCGUACUAAAAUAGUUAAUAAUACUAUUAUUCAAUAUCCAUUUAAUAACAAAUUACCUAGCACUACCUCUUGUUCAUAUGAGAAAUAAUCAUUCGGCAGUUAUAAUGGAUAUUGUUUAGAUGUCUAGGAUUUCUUAUUUGGAGUCAAAAUAUCGGAUGCUUCACUCAAAGGACUAUUAGGAAUCGAUAACGGAUUCAUUUAUAUCUAAUCAUAUGAGUCUCUGAUGAAAUAAACUAGUAGCUUAAUUGUUUAGACAGGCACUAACAACGCAUCUGAAUUUUUCUAUGGUUACACUAAUGAAAUCAUCAUCUUAGAGAACAUCAAUAUAUUCAAUACAUCAAUUUCAGUAUCUAAUCCAGUAACUGACAUUGGGAGUAUCAUUAUUGAGUCUGAUUAGCUUUAAACAAUACUUAUCAAUAAUGUUUAAAUGAUUGGCAAUCAUUUACAUCAAUUAGUUGAGUCUGUCACCAUGGAAAUAUCUACAUGCUUUACAAUACUUAGUCCAAAUGGAGUUGUGAGCAUUCAAAAUAUGGUUGCAUAGAAUAAUAGAGCCACUUAAUCACAAUAUGGUAUCAACAUCAUAAAAUGUCAAUCAUUAAAAUUAUUAACCUCAUUGUUCAACUACACAAAUAUCAUGGAACCUAAUUGGCUAGACAGAUUCGAUGAAUAUCAAGUGAGUACGUAUUCUUAGUUGUUGGGCAAAUUGGCCAUUGAUUCCGAGGGUUCAAACAUUUACAUCCAAUGUAAAAAACUAGAACUCGAUUAAAUCAAAUUUAUGAAUGGCAAAUCUCUUAUGGGAACAGCCUUCUACUUUUUAGGUCAAGAUCUAGCUUCUAUUGUAAUUAGCAAUACUGAAUUUACUAAUCUAUCUACAUCAUUGGAAUAUGUUGAUUAGGCAUAUGGAGGUUCGUUGUAUCUAAAUCUAUAGAAAUCCAGUUAUAAUAUUUAAUUGAACAGAGUCACUAUGAAUCAUAGUGUAUCAAGAGUUGCUGGAGGAUGUAUUUAUAUCUAAACAUCCAUGUAUGAACAAGCAAUAUCUAUUAAUGACAGUUAAUUUAUUGAAUGUACAUCCCUACAGAGUUCAUUAAUCGAUAUAUCAUUUUCAGUGUCUUCAUUAGUAUUGCCAAUAGUUAGUAUUUCUAAUACAAAUAUAAUAAAUAAUAAUUUUGAAGAGUUUUUAAAACAAUUAGUGGAUAUCAGUUAUGAGGAAGAGCAAUUAAUAAUAUCUGGGAUAAGUUUAAUUAAAUAGAAUUAUGGUAUCUUAGAAAUUCAAUCCAGCUCAUUUAUUGAUAUAUAGAUUCAAGGUUUGAUGGUGCUUAUGAAUAUGUUUACAGUGAUUCUACAAGAUUUAACAAUUAAGGAUAUUACAAUAUUUACGUAAUCUUUAAUAGAGAUCACUCAUUACACUAAGUAGUCGGCGGUAGAAUUACAGAAUAUAGUUAUUACCAAUAUUACUGAAUAGAAAGUAUUGACAGAAGAAUAAUUUACAUACAAAUUCAAUAGCUAAUGUUAAUCAAUUUCCUCAUUGUAAGAGCUGGCCAAAAUUUAGACUUGUGAAGAGCAAGAAGAUUUAAGAUCUUUUUAUUAGGAUAUAUAUGAUUACAGAUAAAUAUCAUAAACCAAAUUGGAUAAUACAACAUUAUACAGUUAUUAUGACUCAUUAUCUUAUUCAGAUAAAUACGUAUUGAAUGAAAUUAAAUUGAACACUUAUAGAGAAAUCAAAUCUUUCUAUUCAUCAGCCAAUGUACUUAUGGUGGAUAACACAAUAAAAUAAUCAGAAUAUGGUUUAUGUUACUUCACCAAUUUAUAAUCUACUUACUCAAUUGAUACCAAUCCUUAAUUCAUUAAAUUAAGCAAUGUUAAAUCUAACAACUUCAUCAAUAUGAUUUCAGUUACCAUCAAAAAUACUUACUGCAAUAGAUGCAAAUAAGGACUGAUAUUAAUCAAUAAUUACGACUUGUCAGCCUACCAUACAACAAAUAUAUUUGGAAUGACCUGUUAAAAUAACACAAUUGGUUACUUUGGUUGUUUAGUCCUAACCACUCAAUAAAUACCGGAAUUCAAUAUUACUUAUAGUAAUAGGAUCUUAUAGAGUUCCACUUCCACUCAAAAGUAUAACAUAAAACUGCAGCAAAGUCGAUUUUAAAGUAAUUCUGCUUAAAUAGGAGCAGCCAUAUCUGUUGUUGGAUUGAGUGCAUAAAUAACUGAUACUCAAUUUAUGGAUAACAAAGCAACAUUGAUUGGUGGAGGUAUGGCAUUUGUUUACAAUUCAGAAAAUUAGAAUAUCUUAGACUAAUUUAACAACAAUUUCAUUAAUAAUGAUGCUCAAUUAGGAAGUGCUGUUUACAUGAUGAAUAAUAAUCUAAAUAACCUUGAAAAUUCAUAGAUUUUCAUUCUCCAUAACACCAAUACAUAAAUAGAACAAAUACCAGAAAAGUUAAGUUUGAUGAUGAACGAGGGUCAAUUAAUGGAUAUUUAAGUUUUUUAAGAAAAUGAUGGAGACUUGAAUGAUGAUAAUAUAAUUGAUAACUCAAAUGUCCAAAUUAUAGACAUUGUGAGUGUUAAGUCAACCAAAUUACCAAACAUAGAGAGCAAUUACUUAUUACUUCCUUCUGGUUAAUAAAUAUCAUAAUACAAAUAUUAUUAUGAGGAUACCUAAGAACAAAUACCUUAUAAUUGGAUAUUUAGAAUUUACAAUUUGGAUAAGAAUCUCAACAUCAUAAAGUCUAUUUCAGCUACUGAGACCUGCACUGUUUCAGGUCGAUUGAUGGACGAAUUGAAUUUAGAUUACACUAAGUAGUUUUUGUAGAAUUUCACUUCACAAUCUGUAUUCUAAUUUGAUGUCUCUAGCAAUUCAUUUAAUUUUGACAACUUACAAAUAUAUUUCGAUCCAUACUUGCAAGAUUAAAUCUUCUUAUAACUCAAAUUCUCAUGCACUUCCAUAAAGAUCCCAAUAUACAAUUAGCAGUCUCCUUAUAAUGUGCUCUCCUAUAAUAAAAAUUAUGCACUCUAUUUGAAUUUGAGAACCAUUCCUUGCUAAAUCGGAGAAGCCUAUCUGGAUUAAAAAUGUACCUCAUGUAGUUCAGACAAUACAUAUUCUGUUUAAGAGAACAGUGUAUAAUGUAAAGGCAUAAAUUCAAUUCAAAUGGAGAAGGUCACUCCUGUCAGAAUCAAAUUGAGAGAAGAAUAUUGGAGACCUUUUCCAAAAAACGAUAAUAUUGAAGAAUGUUAUAACUUGCCUUCUAAUUGUCUUGGAGGUUGGGUUCCUGGUGAUACAUCUUGCUAUGAUGGCCAUAUUGGAGCUUUGUGUGAAUAAUGUGACAUCUAUGGAAUCAGAGGACCUGAAUAUUCAGUAAGCAAAAAAUACACUUGUGGUGCUUGUUCGGACACUCUUGAAUCAAAUAUUCUCAUCAUUAUUGGUAUUUCAAUAUUUACUCUUGUGACUAUGAUCAUGUCGGUCAAGGGCAACUAUUCAUUUAUCGAGAAUUUAAUCCAUCAACAAGUUCUAUAAUCAAUAGGUGCAAGAAUAAACAUACAAUAAAAUAAUGCAUCUAUUAUUAUGAAAUAAUUAACCAAUUAUUUAUAAAUCAUUGCAUCCUUAACUACAUUCAGAAUUUCAAUACCUACUGCCUUUGUUUCAUCUAUGGAAGUAUUGGGAAAUCCAACUCAAUCUAUGGCAUAUUCUUUAGAUUGUUUUUUAGUUACUUUUGCAACAAUCGAUUUAUUGUACUUCAGAAUGGCAUGGGCUUUGUUAAUGCCUUUAUUUUAUAUGAUUUUAUUCUUUAUUGGUUAUUUUACAGGAGUGCUAAUGAGGAUUGCACCUUUUAAGAUAGGAAUCAUAUACACGACAUUUAUUUAUAUGUUCAUCUAUUUGCAGCCUACUUUAGUUGGAGGGUUCAUCUCCUUAUUGAGUUCAAGAACAGUCAGUGGAAUAGAAUGGGUUUAAAGCAAUGUUAGCUAUCAGUAUUAUACUGACAUGCAUCAAUAUUACAUUUAUAUAUUCAUUGGUCCAAACCUAUUACUUUGGAGUAUCUUACUGCCUUUGACCUUUAUGCAUCUCAUCAGAAGGAAUAAGAACCAAUUAGAAACUAUGGAAAUACGAAAGAGAUGGGGAUUCUUCUAUCACGAAUACACUAAUUAAGCGUAUCUUUGGGAAUUCGUGAAAAUCUUUGAAAAAGAGCUUGUGAUCAUUUCUUUGACUUACUAUGAAAACAAAAUAGUUAUUAAGGGAUUAAUCAUAUUUCUAAUUGUAUUUCUAUAUGGAGCAUUUUCAUUUGCAUUUAUUCCUUACAAAUAGAAGAAGUUAAACUUCAUUGAUUAAAUGUCCACUGCUGUUUGUUCCUGCUCAUUAUGUUUAGGAGUUCUUAUUUAUGCUAGUCAAAAUGAAAGUUUAGAUUAUCUAUAGUACAUAAUGUUCUUAGUAAUUGCAAUAAUCAAUUCUCUUUUAAUAGUUUUAAUCCUCUAUCAUUUGUUUGAAGGGUAUAUCAAUCAAUUUAAUGACAAACUGGAUAUUGUGAGAACCAAAUUUAAAUAGAUAUUCCCAAACAUUGAAUUCUAAUACCCUUGUCUGAAAAAGUUUUUAAUCAAUAAGAAAGAGAUGAAGGAAAAAGUCAUCAAUUAUUGGGCAAUACUCAGGUAUGAAACCAGAGAGGGUAUAAAAAGAAGAAGAACAGAUAAGAGUGCUCCUCUCAUCAUAUAGAAAAGAAAGAAAUCGACUUCAGGUUCUUCAGACUUAUCUGAAAAGGAUCUAGAAAUUAAGUAAGGUAAUUCUAUGGACCAACACAGAGAUGUGAAUAGUCCAGACAGAGAUGGUAAGGAUGACGGUGUAAAGUUACUCAAAAGACCAAGUUCUAAUUAUAAAGGAUUGAAUGUAUAAUAAAAUUCUUUGGAUUCCUCGGAAAAUUUAAGCAAAGUGUUCCCUGAAGUUAUUUCUGAAAUCCCUUCGACUCGAAAAGAAGAUAAAGAUUAAAAGAAAAUUAUAUUGAAGAGACCAUUAUGA